AGCACCAUAGGAGAUUGAUGGUUUCGUCUGGGAAUGGUACUGGGAAACGCGGAGAGGACCUGUUUAUUACUAACGGCGAUCCACGUUUUGCUCCAUAAGAGCGGCGACGCCGACACGUUUACCCUCGGGUACAUCACCGGCUCGAAGAGGCGUCCAGGGGACUUGGAGUAUCAGCGUCCCGGUUUCCGGAUAUCCGGCGCCAUAUCGCUGGCCGUGGAGGAGGUGAACGCAGGUGAACUUGGUCGGCGCGGCCACAAGCUAGACUUCCACAUCGCUGAAACUUAUGGCGAGGAGGAGACCAGCAUCUUGAUGACCGCCGACCUGUGGACGAAGAACGUCAGCGGUUACAUAGGCCCGCAGGAGACUUGUGUCCACGAAGGCAGGAUGGCUGCCGCUUUCAAUCUGCCCAUGAUAUCUUACUUCUGUACUCAUCGCGCGACGUCCGACAAGAAGGAGUUCUCCACGUUCGCCAGAACCAGGCCACCGGAUACGCAAAUCUCGAAAUCAGUCGUUUCCGUGCUCCUGGCCUUCAAUUGGACAAAGGUGACGUUCAUGUAUAUGAACUCGACUCUAUUUGAGUUCAAUAAAAUGUCGACUGUAGCCGAGACGAUACUGGCAUCGUUCGAGGCAGCUGGCGUGACAGUGAACUUCCUCCGUUGUUGGGAAGAGCCGUAUCACGUCACACACAUGACCAAUCCUUUCCACAAGCACGUCAGCGAGACUUACCAGGAAACGAGAAUCUACGUAAUUCUAGGCAAUUACUAUGAGCACAUGGGACUGUUGAUGGCUCUGAACGAAAAGAAGCUACUGGAAAAAGGCGAAUACUGGGUGGUAGGAGUCGACAUCGAACAGUACGAUGAGAAGCAUCCCGGGAAGUACUUCCGCGGUUUAUGGGAGAAGAAGACCAACUCGUCGAUCUUGGAUGCUUACCGUAGUUACUUCAGCGUGGUGGCCACCGCGCCGUUCUAUUCGAAAAAUUUCACGCGCCUGGUGAACGAGUACAGGCAGAAGGCGCCGUUCAACUUCACGAAUCCGAUCGCGAGCGUCGGUGGAAUCGUUCAGAUCGUGCCGGAGACAGCGUAUCUGUACGACGCGGUGCACCUUUACGAGAGAUCGCUGCUUAAAGCUCUGGACGAGAACCGGGACCCACGGAACGGCCGAGAAAUGGUGGCAACUCUUUACGGCGUUCAUUAUCAGAGCGCCAUGGGAUACAUGGUCUACAUGGACGAAAACGGAGACGCCGAAGGUAAUUAUACUCUGAUUGCUUUGGACAAUCGGCCGACAAAGGGACACGGUCUAUACCCCAUCGCGUACUUCGUCGGGAAAGAGAACGGCACAAACCUGCCAAAACUUCGAUUGACGAGGAACGUUUCAUGGAUCGGCGACGGGCCGCCAAUCGCGGAACCCGUUUGCGGCUACCACGGUGAAAAAUGCACCACUCACACGGGAGAGAUCGUGGGCGGUAUAGCCGGCGGAUUUCUGCUAAUCAUCGCGGCAGUAUUAUUGGUUCUCUACAGAAACUGGAAAUACGAACAGGAACUGGAUUCCCUCCUAUGGAAGGUGAACUACAAAGAUAUUCAGAUCAAGGAGCAGAAAGACGAGUCGUCGGGAGUUAACGAGGCGCCUAACAAAUGCAAUUCCAAGACUACGACGCAACCGAUAGUAAGGACCAGCCAAGUAUCACUCAGCUCCAACCCCGACGCUGAUUUUCGUUAUUCCAUGAUCUACACGCAAAUAGGUGUAUACAAGGGGCGAAUAUUUGCCGUGAAGAAGGUUCGCAAAAAGUCCAUUGAAAUUACACGGGAAAUGAAGAAGGAAUUGAAAGUGAUGCGCGACCUACGACACGAUAACUUGAACGCGUUCAUCGGGGCGUGCACCGACCCGCCGAACAUAUGCAUCGUCGUCGAGUAUUGCGCGCGUGGCAGUCUGAAGGACAUCUUGGAGAACGAGGACAUGAAGCUGGACAACAUGUUCAUGGCGUCUUUGGUUGGUGAUAUAAUAAGGGGUAUGAUCUAUCUUCACGAGUGCGUCAUAAAAUAUCACGGUUCGCUGAGUACGUCAAACUGCUUGGUCGACUCCCGAUGGGUCGUAAAGCUGGCGGAUUUUGGGCUGCACGAAUUCAAGAAGGACGCUGAGUGCGAACCUUGCGACGUAAUGAAAAAAUAUCACGAGAACUCGACAGGUUUGUUGUAUCGAGCGCCUGAGUUGCUAAGAGCAACGAAGAGUCAAGAACCGACGAUUCGGGACUAUCAAAGGGGAGACGUCUACUCGUUUGCAAUAGUCUUAUACGAGCUUCAAGGGCGGCACGGGCCUUUUGGCAUAACGGAGUUAUCGAGCUCGCAGAUAUUGAAGAAAGUGAUAGCGAGAGAGCCAGAAACGGAACCGUUCAGACCACCGCUGGACCAGUUGGAGAACUGUUUUCAAUUCGUGCGUGAUUGUCUGAUAGAGUGCUGGGCCGAGGAUCCCGAGACUCGACCAGACUUCAAGAUCGUAAGAAACAAGCUGAGGCCGUUGAGAAAAGGAAUGAAGCCGAACAUAUUUGACAACAUGAUGGCCAUGAUGGAGAAGUACGCUAACAAUCUAGAAGCGUUGGUCGAUGAACGAACGGAUCAAUUAACGGAGGAGAAGAAAAAAACAGAUGCUCUUUUAUACGAAAUGCUGCCGCGCUACGUAGCCGAGCAAUUGAAACGAGGGCAUAAAGUGGAGGCUGAGAGUUUCGACUCCGUUACGAUUUACUUCAGCGACAUUGUCGGGUUCACCGCCAUGUCUGCCGAGAGCACUCCGUUACAGGUUGUCAAUUUUCUGAACGAUUUAUACACCUGUUUCGAUUCAACGAUAGAGAAUUACGACGUGUACAAAGUUGAGACCAUAGGCGACGCUUACAUGGUGGUAAGCGGUUUACCAAUUCGAAACGGUAUUCAACACGCCGGUGAAAUCGCUAGCAUGUCAUUGUGCUUACUAGACGCCAUUAAACAAUUCACGAUACGGCACAGGCCGCUGGACAAGCUGCAAUUGAGGAUCGGCAUUCACUCGGGUCCUGUAUGUGCCGGUGUGGUAGGUCUAAAAAUGCCUCGUUACUGUCUAUUCGGCGAUACGGUCAACACCGCGAGUCGUAUGGAAUCUACCGGAUCGCCCUUGAAGAUCCAUUGUAGUACAGAGACAAAAGAGCUGUUGGACAAACUGGGUGGAUUCACUAUAGCGGAAAGAGGGCUGGUAUCGAUGAAAGGCAAGGGCGAACGUUUAACCUACUGGCUGGUCGGGGAGGACCCCAUUCGAAGAGGAGAACGCACCAGAGAGCGACAAAGCCGAAGGAACGGUUGCACGAAGAAGACCGACAACAACAACCCUUUGAUACCUCGAAGUUCACUCAAGAACAAGUCGCUGGCAAGGUCAACUUUUAUGAGGUGUUCCAGUGAAUCACCGAAGCGUCUGCGUUUCGCCAGUUCCGAUCAAUUAGACCAGAAGUGCUCGCGAACGAACAGUCAGCUGGAGUCGAUAGUCGACAACAGUCCGUGCAAGCAGAAGGCAGCCUCGUGCGUGAUAAGGCCCGUGUGCGCGGACGACUGGCGAUCAUCUUCGAAUUCGUGUCCGUGCGUGGAGAAAUUGUGCGAACAGGAAAUCGAUGUUAAGGAUCGGCCGGAUGCGAGGAGUAACUGGACCAUCGGCGACGAGGCCUGUUUCCAACGGUGUGGAGGGGCCAAGAGCUUCCGGCACGGGAUCGUUCAGGCAACCUGCAGAUCCGCGCCCAGCAGCCCGAGGCACAGCGCGCUGAUCUUAAAUUGUCAGAGGCGAGCGGCGCAGUCGAGCGAGGAGAUAGACGGAUGGGACGCUAGCACGCCACUGAUUUAUUAUCCGGGAGGACGAUUGGAUUAAGGAGCUCGGUUCGAGCCAGUACGCGUCUUCAGUCGGUUUCGAGCGAGGUGAUUUUCAAUUGAAUCGAACAACAGUGCUAUCCCGGGAUCGGAGUUUGAAAGUAUAGUGUGAAACAGUGCGACAGGAGGUUCGAUCGGUGCGAUUGGGAAUUGUGAUUGUUUUUUCGAUGAACGAGAGCCGUCGUUCGAAUGGCCGAACCGGUGAUUGCGGAAACUCGACGGAUAUCGACGAGGUAGGAAUCUAUUGUUUGGAAUCUGAUUCAAGUUAGCGAUAGCGCCCGAUUUAACUCUCGAUUGAAUCGAUCGUUUUUUUAAUCGACACUUUUUCUGAAUCACCUUCCAUUGACUGCGGACUUUAUGCAUUUAUAAGAGACACGAAUACAAUCAAUGUUAAAACCAGAGUAUACAUUGCGAUAUUUAAAAGGAUUUGUUUUUAAUUGUUGCAUAAAAAUUCGCAUUCUAUUCAUUACCGCAUCUCAUCGAUGUCUGACCGAACUAAUCGAUUGCGUCAAUUAACGGACGGAUCAUACGAGUAUGAUUUGCUUCUCGCUCGCAGUACACGUACCAAAGCAUACCGUACGUACAAACGAGAUACCUAAUAGAUAAAUACAUGUAUUAUUUAUAUCGUGCGUAACUCGUACACGGAAAUCAUUGCGUCGCGUUGUAACGGUAUGAUUCCACGUUAGCAUAGACAAUCAAUAAGGCUCGUGCUUCUUGUUCUAUUGUUAAGCGUUUCUAGUCAAUUUUCGUUUAAUUUCAGACGCGCCGUAAUAAGAUGUGAAUCCAUACGAAUUCGACGAAGUAGUCUCUAGACAUCUGAGAGGAUGUAGUAUUAACUGCCAGCAUAUAGUACUUAAGAUAAUUAUUUACAAGGUUAAUAUAUUAUAAUACGCGAUUAAUAUACACCGUGGACGAAAUCUCGUUGUGAAACUCUUCUGAUAAAUGUAAUUAAGAAACGCGAAACAUGUGUAAGUUCUACUCGUUCAAAUAAAUAAAUCAUUAAACGAG